AUGGAAACUCAGGGGGUUAUAUGCCUUAAGAGCGAAUUGGAUCUCUUUAAUGGUGUCGCCGUACAACUGGGCAUCGAUUCCUCUUCCUUCGUGGAAAUCCACCCCGUAUCUUCAUUGUCUGAUAAGACGCCCAUAGAAUUUUACAUUAGCGGUAAUGGUGAACACUAUUUGGAUUUGGCGCAUACGAUACUACACACACGACUUAAAAUAACGAAAAAAAACGACGAUACCAAUCUCACCGACGCCGACGGGGUGGCACCUGUUAAUUAUAUUUUAAACACAUUGUUUUCCGACUGUUCAAUAUUUUUAAAUGAUAAACAGGUUUCGUCACAAGUGAAUUAUUCUUAUAGAGCCCUUUUGGAAAGUUUGUUGUUCUAUUCCAAAUCAGGUCAAGAUAAUCUACUGAGUGCUGGCUUAUUUGCAAAAGAUACUGCAUCUAAGCAUGAUGUUGUGGGAGACGAAAACGAAGGUUAUACAACGCGUGCAAAUCGUUGCAAGCUUAGCCAAAGCCUCGACCUCGUGGGACCAUUGCACUUCGAUUUGGCCACUCAACCGAAAUUGUUAGUCAACGGGGUUAAUGUACGCAUUAAACUGGAAAGGCAUAAAGAUGUUUUCACUUUGAUGUCGGCAAACGACAAUUAUAAAAUUAGAAUUCAGCUAGCAAAACUAUACGUGAGAAAAGUCAGCGUGGCUCCCUCCAUCCUAAUAGCACACGAAAAGGCUUUAGAAAAAGGAGUUAUUAAGAUGCCCAUUCGUAGGAUUGACAUAAAAAGUUUUGCAAUAUCGAGCGGUUUGCAAUCGACAACUAUAGCAAACGCUUUUAUUGGUCAGCUACCCACACGUCUCAUUCUAGGUUUUGUAUCUAAUGCCGCCUAUAAUGGAAGCAUCAACAGAAAUCCUUUUAAAUUUCAUCACUAUAACCUAAACUACCUAUGCAUAUUAAAUGGGGGACAGAUGAUACCUUCCAAACCCUAUCAGCCCAAUUUCGAAAAAACAUUUUAUGGGCGAAGUUAUUUAAGCAUCUUUACAGAUUUAAAUCGAUAUCAUUCAAGCCCCAACAUUAAUAUCUCCUUUGAUGAAUACAAAGAUGGGUAUACAUUAUAUGCCGUUGAUUUGACUCCAGAUAUGGCAUCUAAUGAAAGCCACGUAAGCAUAAAUAAGAGCGGAAACAUAGCCAUUGAUAUCAAAUUUGCAGCGGCCUUGCCAGAAACAGUUACCCUGAUAGUCUAUGCUGAAUACAGGAACAUAAUUGAAAUAGACAAGUCACGCGGAGUCACGACAGAUUAUUAA